AUGAAUGUUAAGGAUGAAUAUUAUGAUUAUUUAUACAAAAUUGUUUUAAUUGGUGAUUCUGGUGUUGGAAAGUCUAACUUACUAUCAAGAUUUACACGUGAUGAAUUCAACUUAGAAUCAAAAUCAACAAUUGGUGUGGAAUUUGCUACGAAAAGUAUCAUGACACAAGGAAAGGUCAUUAAAGCUCAAAUAUGGGAUACAGCAGGACAAGAAAGAUAUAGGGCAAUCACUUCAGCUUAUUAUAGAGGAGCUGUAGGAGCCUUAUUAGUAUAUGAUAUAUCUAAGAGAUCUUCAUUUGAAAAUGUUGAAAGAUGGCUUAAAGAAUUAAGGGAUCAUGCAGAUCCUAAUAUUGUAGUUUUACUAGUUGGAAAUAAGUCUGAUUUAAAACAUUUAAGAGCAGUAACACAAGAGGAAGCUUGUAUGUUCUCUGAAAAAGAAGGAAUGGCAUGUAUGGAAGCAUCUGCAUUAAAUUCCUCUAAUGUAGAACAAGCAUUUCAUAGAAUUCUUUCUGAAAUCUAUAUGCUACGAAGUGAAAGACAAAUAGCAAAUCAACAUGAUUUAACAAAAACUACUUUACCUAUAGGUAGUCAAGGAGUACGAGUAGAUCCAGUUAGAGUUGAUCUUGAUUCUAAAGGUCUAAAAAGGAAGUCUAGUUGCUGUUAA